AUGCCUGUCCAUCAUCUCAUGAUUGGCACUUGGACCCCUCCAGGUGCCAUCUUCACAGUCGCAUUCGAUGACGAGAAGCUUACUCUUACUCUCGUGAAGAGGACCGAGAUCCCUGAGGACCAGCCUAUAUCAUGGAUGGCCUUCGAUCAUGCGAAGAAGAACAUCUACGGAGCCGGCAUGAAGAAAUGGGGUAGCUACGCUGUGAAGAACCCCUCCGAGAUCGUCCACGAGGCGUCUCAUCCCUUGGGAGUUGAUCCCCAGGCCAACUCGAAAGAGACCAACACGCGAGCCAUCUUCCUCCUCUCCGCUAAGAAGCCCCCCUACGCCGUCUACUGCAACCCCUUCUACAAGCACGCAGGCCACGGCAACAUCUUCACCGUCUCUGCCACCGGCGCCCUCGAGACCAACCUGCAAAACUACGAAUACCAGCCCAACUCGGGCAUCCACGGCAUGGUCUUCGACCCCACGGAAACCUACCUCUACUCGGCCGACCUCACGGCCAACAAGCUCUGGUGCCACCGCAAGGACCCCGCCGACCCUGACUCCGGCAAGGUCGUGCUCGUCGGCUCCGUCGAUGCCCCAGAUGCGAGGGACCACCCGCGCUGGGUCGCCAUGCAUCCUACGGGCAACUACCUCUACGCGCUCAUGGAGAAGGGGAACCGUAUCUGCGAAUACGUCAUCGAUCCAGAGACGCACAUGCCCGUCUACACGCACCGCAGCUUCCCGCUCAUCCCCCCCGGCAUUCCCGACCGGUGGACCAUGUACCGCGCCGAUGUGUGCGCGCUGACGUUCAGCGGAAAGUACAUGUUUGCGUCGAGCAGGGCGAACAGCUUCGACUUGACGGGAUACAUUGCGGCGUUUAAGCUGGCGGAUAAUGGGAGCAUCGAGAGGCAGAUUUGCUUGAAUCCGACUCCCACGAGCGGUGGGCACAGUAACGCCGUGGCGCCGUGCGAUUGGAGUGAUGAGUGGGUGGCUAUCACGGAUGAUCAGGAGGGUUGGAUUGAGGUUUAUAGGUGGCAGGAUGAGUUUUUGGCGAGGGUUGCUAGGUUGAGGAUUCCGGAGCCUGGAUUUGGUAUGAAUGCUAUUUGUCCUGUGCUCCAAGCACCGAGCCUGCCCACGAUGGGGAGUAAACAGAUCUUUUCGCAAUGCUCCAUUGCCUUCGUUUCGAGCCCAGAACUGACUUCUAAGCAAAUUGCAGAGCUGGCCGCGAUUGUGAAGCGCAAUGGAGGAGAAGUCUGCGAGCCCCGAUUCAAUGGAUCCAUCCCCGUCGAGAGAGUCACCCACAUCAUCUCCAACACCAUCGAUUUCCCACAAUAUACAGAGGCCCAAGCCAUGAUGAUCCCCGUCCUGGCGCACUCCUGGAUACAACUCUCGCUCACCAAGGGCCGCCUCGCCCAGAUCCGUCCCUUCUCGCCCGAUCCUCGCAUGAUCUUUUCCUCGGUCGUCAUCACUUGCGCCGGGCUCCCGGUCACGGAUAGGGAGAGCAUCAUUGGCGCGACGGCUGCUUUGGGGGGCAUGGAUUCGCCGGAUGUAACGCGGUUGACGACGCAUAUUUGUGCGCUUUCGGCGGAUCAUCCGACGUGUGUAGAGGCGAAGGCGAGGGGUUAUAGGGCUAAGAUUGUUUUGCCUCAUUGGUUCGACGAUUGCUUUAAGCUCGGAAAGCGAAUUGAUGAGGGGCCGUAUCUACUGCCCGAUGCGGAGAUCCUUCGGGCUAACCCGGAGGACUCUGUUGAACUUCCGUCGAGCCAGCAUAUGGAGGGGGCGUCUAGCGCCCAGCCCGGUCAUAUUCCUCAGUCAACCCGGAAUUCUGCUCGGGGACCACUGAGUGUAUUCAAGAACAAGACGGUUAUGCUGGCUGACGACUUGGCGCUAACUUCCCGUCUGCGAGGCAUCAUCGAGGAGGUCAUCACGGCCUCUAGUGGCGAGGUGACGGCAAACGUGGAGGACUGCAACAUGUUUAUUUGCCAAUACAGAGACGGUGAGGACUACGUUCGAGCGGCAAAGCUGUGCAAGGAUGUGGGGAACUUGGCCUGGCUGUACCACCUCAUCACCACCGAUCAGUGGUCCUCUCCCCUCCGUCGCCUCCUUCACUAUCCAAUCCCCAAGAACGGCAUCCCUGGUUUCGAAGGGUUUAAGAUUACCCUCUCAAACUACGGAGGUGAAGCUCGCACAUACCUCGAGAACCUCAUCAAGGCUUCCGGAGCCACGUACACCAAGACGAUGAAAGCAGAGAACACACACCUCAUCACGGCGCGCGACAACAGCGAGAAAUGCGAGGCCGCGGCGGACUGGGGCAUCAACAUGGUGAACCACCUCUGGAUCGAGGAGAGCUACGCCAAGUGCGCCGUGCAGCCGUGCAGCAACAAAAAAUACACGCACUUCCCCUCGCGGACGAACCUCGGCGAAGUCAUCGGCCAGACCUUCUUCGACGAGGCGCGACUGCGCGAACAGUACUACCCCGGGGAGGAUGAGGAUCUACCGCCGUCUGCCAAGAGGAGACGGCUUAUCCUCGAGGCAGCCCAAGCGAACGCCUACGACCACGGUCCCGCCGAGGGCGUCGUCAUCGGUCGCGAGGAUGUCAAGGUUUGGCGGGAGGAAGCCACGAGGGCGGUGGUAGAGAAGCCCGUGACGCCGGCACCUAAGAAGCAGUACGUCGCGUCAGGCAAGGAGAAUGACGAGUCGUUGCUGUCAACGGGCGGCAGGAGCGCGAAGAGCAAGGCGGCUGCUUCGUUGAGGCUCCUUGCUAGCGACAUCGAGCAGUAUCAGAAGGAGAAGAAGAGGCAUAGCAAGGAUGGUCGGGGACCGUGGGGCGGGAAGAGGGCGGCUGAUCAGCUUGAUAUGGCGGGGGAUGAUGAGAAGGAGAAGGUGAAGAAGAAGGGAAAGAAAGCGGGCAAGGGUGCUGAGGCGGAGGAGGCUGAUGUAGAGGCCGAUGGUGGUAAGCCGAGUAAGAAGAGGAGGAGGAUUGAGAAGCCGUAUAAUAUCACGGUUACGAUUACGGGGUACGCGCGGUGGGUCGACGAGCCGAAGAAAGAGGACAAGGACAGGGUGAAACUAGCCGAACUCGGUAUCAGGAUCCUGCCGGAGAACAGUGCCUGCCAAUACCUCGUGGCCCCACGAAUUCUCCGAACGCUCAAGUUCCUCUGCGGCCUCGUCCGCGGCGCGACUGUGAUAUCCACCGAAUUCAUCGACCACGUCCUCACGAGCAAAGAGGUCGUCGACCCUAACGACUUCAUCCUCGUAGACAAGGAAGGCGAAAAGGCCAACAAGAUGAAGCUAUCAACGUCCGUAGCGCGGGCCCGAUCCAACGCGGGAAAGCUCCUCUGGGGCGUGCCGAUCUACUGCACGCCGCACAUCCGGCACGGCGUCAAGACGUACGAGACCAUCGCCGUAGCGUGCCACGCCAUCUGGAAGACGUACGACGGCAAGCACAACACGAUCAAGAAGACGACACGCGAGGAGGACGGCGGGGCGGCUCCCGAUCCGGUCUAUCUCUUGACGUCGGAUACGCCCGCCGAGAGGGAGCUGUAUCCGAAGUUUAGCAAGAUGGCAACGGAGGGGAAUAUGGAGGCGAGGAUUGUUUCUCCGGAUUGGUUGUUGGAGGUCUGUAUGAAGCAGGAGGUGACGUAUGAUGAGGAGAAGUUUGCGGUGUCCAAGAAGUAG